AUGGCUGAAGCUUGUAGAAUUAUUCUCAACACCACAUUUCUUCCUUCACUCUAUUCUCUCCACAAAACCCACAAAAAAGUCUCUUACUCACAGCCUUUCCUGCACAAAAGGCACACAAUUCAGUGUUCAAUUUCAACAAGCAGUGACACCAAAGCAGCAGCAAAAGCGGCCGAGACCCUGCCGUGGGGCUGUGACAUAGAUUCCUUGGAGAAUGCUGAGGCCCUUCAGAAAUGGUUGUCUGAGUCAGGGCUACCUUCUCAGAAAAUGGGCAUCCAAAAAGUGGAAGUGGGAGAGAGAGGUUUGGUUGCUUUAAAGAACAUUAGGAAGGGUGAAAUGUUGCUCUUCGUCCCUCCCUCCCUUGUCAUCACUGCUGACUCUGAGUGGAGCUGCCCUGAGGCAGGUGAAGUGUUAAAGCAGUACUCUGUACCAGAUUGGCCAUUGCUUGCAACCUAUCUGAUUAGUGAAGCAAGUUUUGAGAAAUCGUCAAGAUGGAGCAAUUACAUCUCGGCCCUACCUCGACAGCCCUAUUCUCUUCUGUACUGGACACGCGCGGAACUAGAUAGGUAUCUGGAAGCUUCACAAAUCAGAGAGCGUGCAAUUGAAAGGAUUACCAAUGUUAUUGGAACGUAUGCAUUAAUUUUCCCUCUUGACAGAUACAAUGAUUUAAGGCUCAGGAUAUUUUCCAAGUAUCCUCAUCUAUUUCCUGAAGAGGUGUUUAAUAUGGAGACUUUCAAGUGGUCGUUUGGCAUUCUCUUCUCUCGCUUGGUUCGUUUACCCUCAAUGGAUGGAAGAGUUGCGUUGGUUCCCUGGGCAGAUAUGCUGAAUCACAGUUGUGAGGUGGAGACCUUUUUGGAUUAUGAUAAAUCGUCUAAGGGAGUGGUCUUUACAACAGAUCGAUCAUACCAGCCAGGUGAGCAGGUUUUCAUAUCAUAUGGAAGGAAGUCCAAUGGAGAGCUGUUGCUAUCUUAUGGAUUUGUUCCAAGGGAGGGCACCAACCCUAAUGAUUCAGUGGAGUUGUCGUUGUCUCUGAAGAAAUCUGAUGAAUGUUAUAAAGAAAAGUUAGAAGCUAUGAAGAAGCAUGGUUUGUCAGCAUCGCAAUGUUUUCCUCUACAAGUCACUGGUUGGCCAUUGGAGUUAAUGGCAUAUGCUUAUCUAGUAGCCAGCCCUCCAAGCAUGAGCAGGCAGUUCGAAGAGAUGGCUGCUGCAGCAUCAAACAAGACAACCACCAACAAGAAUAAAACAUACCCUGAUAUCGAGGAACAAGCAUUGCAAUUCAUAUUGGAUAGUUGUGAGUCAAGCAUAUCAAAAUACACCAAAUUCUUGCAGGCAAGUGGAUCGAUGGAUUUGGAUGUGACAUCUCCUAAGCAACUUAACAGAAGACUGUUCCUGAAACAGCUAGCUGUGGACUUGUGCAACAGUGAACGCAGAAUACUAUUUCGUGCUCAAUAUGUGCAAAAGUUAAUCUUCUAUGUUAAAUUCUGUAUUGACAAGUUAAAAGGCAUCGAGCAACAGACGAUUACCAAUAUUGAAAUGUGGAAACAAAACAUUCAUCAGUCCUAUGCUUUUCAUCAAAACUCACUUGCUCCUAUCACUUGUUUUCGGCCCGGUCUUGUUUACACACGUAGAAGUAGAGAUGAGGCCUAUGUUGAUGCUUCUGCUCUUAUACCAGUUCCUGAAACAGUUUCGCUACUGUCAUCUUCUGUGUCUUCUUUGCCACCAGCUCCUGCCAUUGACCCACCACCACUAAGACGGUCAUCUCGCAACUCACAUCCUUCGAACAGGUAUGGUUAUUCUCCUGAGGGAUUUAAUAAUCAUAAAUCCAUGGUUGCUACUCUGUUUUCUAUUGCCAUACCAAGUUCCUACUCGAAGCUGUAA